GAAAACAUAUUACUUGUGCAUUUAAAUUUUAAUUUUAAAAUUCAAAAGAAAAUGGAGACGUUGAAGAUUUUGGAGCAAGAAAGUGAGCCAAGGAACUUAAACGCUGUGGAAGGAGGCAAAAUCCAGAAAAAGAUGCCCCUUAGGAAGACUGCAGAGAGAAAGGGAUACUCAGGCAGUAAUUUUUCAUAGGCCUCAGGUGCCUUAUCAGCUGGCUGUUUCAGAUUUAUGUCGUUAUGACCCAUUUUGACCUUGCAGACCUCUAAGAAUUAGUUAUCUCUUCAGCCCAGCAACUGGAUUCAGCCCUGUGGUAGUGGCUGCCCAUGAACAGCACUGCAUGGCCAUUUCCGGAUUCUUGACUCUCCCAGGAAGAAGAAGAAAUGACCAAAUCCCAAGAAACAGUAACAUUCAAGGAUGUGACUAUUGACUUUACUCAGGAGGAAUGGCAACAACUGAAACCUGCUCAGAGGAAUCUGUACAGGGAUGUGAUGCUGGAGAACUAUAACAACCUAUUAAUAGUAGGCUAUCAACUCAACAAACCAGAUAUCAUUUUCAAGUUGGAGCAGGAAGAAGAGCCAUGGGUUGUAGAGGAAGGAAUGUUCAGAAGACGUUCAGAAGACUGGGAACUUGGUGAGCAAAUGGAAACAGAACAGCAAAGAUUUGUGAAAGGAGUUACAACCAUAUUUAAGAAAAGCUUGACUGAGGAGAAAGGCAGUGAAGUUAAAAAAGUUGGAAAAAUGUCUCCUGUGAACUCAGACAUUAAUUUUCCAAGGAUAUGCCUCUGUAAAUGUGAUUCUUUAGGAAAGAGUAUGAAACAUAAUUUAGACUUACUUAAUCAUGGGAGAACCUGUGUAAUAAAGAAACAUCAUGAAUGUAAUAAAACUGGAAAAUCUUGCCCUAGGUCAUGCUCUAUUGCAUUAGCCCCUUUUAAGUGUGCUCAGUGUGGAAAAGGCUUCAUUCAGGAGUUGGAUCUCAUCAGACAUUUGAGAAUUCAUACUGCAGAGAAACCUUAUGAAUGUUACGAAUGUGGGAAAGCCUUUAGCAGGAAGGAAAACCUCAGUUCACAUCAGAAAAUUCAUACAGGAGAGAAACCCUAUGAAUGUAAUGAAUGUGGAAAAGCUUUCAUUCACAUGUCAAACCUCAUUAGACACUAUAGAACUCAUACAGGAGAAAAACCCUAUGCAUGUAAGGCAUGUUGGAAAGCUUUCAGCCAGAAAUCAAAUCUCAUUGAACAUGAGAAAAUUCAUACUGGAGAGAAACCCUAUGAAUGUAAUGAAUGUGGAAAAACAUUCAGCCAGAAGCGAAACCUUAUUGAGCAUGAGAAAAUUCACACUGGAGAGAAACCAUAUGACUGUAAUGAAUGUGGGAAAGCCUUCUCUCGAAUCUUCUCUCUUACUCUACACAUAAGAAGUCACACAGGGGAGAAACCCUAUAAAUGUAAUAUAUGUGGAAAAGCCUUCUCUCAAUGCUCAGUAUUUAUUAUACAUAUGAGAAGUCAUACAGGUGAGAAACCUUAUGAAUGUAAUGAAUGUGGGAAAGCUUUCUCCCAAAGAUCAUCUCUCACUGUACAUAUGAGAAAUCAUACAGGUGAAAAACCUUAUGAAUGUAAUGAUUGUGGAAAAUCCUUCAGUCAAAAGGAAAACCUCAUUACACAUAAGAAAAUUCAUACUGGAGAGAAACCUUUUGAAUGUAAUGAAUGUGGAAAAGCUUUUAUUCAGAUGUCAAACCUUAUCAGACACCAGAGAAUUCAUACUGGAGAGAAACCUUAUACAUGUAAGCAGUGUGGGAAGGCAUGUAGUCACAAAUCGAAUCUCACUGAGCAUGAAAAAAUUCAUACUAGAGAAAAACCUUAUGAAUGUACUAAGUGUGAAAAAGCCUUCAGACAUAAGCAAAAUCUCGUUGAGCACCAGAAAAUUCACACUGGAGAGAAACCUUAUGAAUGUAAUAAAUGUAUGAAAGCCUUCUCUCGUAUCUCGUCUCUUACGCUUCAUCUGAGAUGUCAUACAGGGGAGAAACCCCAUGAAUAUAAUGAAUGUGGGAAAGCAUUCUCUCAAGAUUCAUUACUUAUUAUACAUGAGAAGUCAUAGAGGUGAGAAAGCAUUUGAAUGUAAUGAAUGUGGGAAGCUUUUUUUCUCAAGAAGCAUCUCUUACUAUACAUGUGAAAGGUCAUUCAGGUGAGAAAUACAGUAAGUGUAAUGAA